UCGGCUGCCUCGGCACUCGACUGGCCGCGCUGCGUGUUCCGGUGUCGCGUUGGCAGCGGGGACGCCCCGCGCAUGCGCAGCGCGGCCGGGCCCGGAGCGGAGCCGGGGGUCCCGCGGCCGCCAUGACCAACGUGUACUCGCUGGACGGGCUGGUGGUGUUCGCGCUGCUGCUGGUGUGCACGUGCGCCCACCUGCGGCACGUGCCCCGCGCCCGCGCCUGGCUCCUGCGCGAGAAGCGCGGCCUGUGGGGAGUCUGCUACAAGGCCGCCGUCAUCGGCACGCGCCUGCACGUGGCGGUGGCCGUGGCCUGUGUGCUCAUGGCCUUCUACGUGCUGGUGGUGAAGUGACCCCCCGGGACCACCCACGCAGCGAUGCAGAGCCCGGGGCCGCCCCCCGGCGCCCCACAGCCGGCCUGGGCCUGCCGGGGGGGCCCUGGGGAGCCGCCACGGCCCAGAGCCCUGCUCAGAGCCCCCUUGGGGGGCACCUCCGCACCCCCGGGGUGCGCAACGGGACCGGGGGCGCCUCCUCCUGAUGCUGAACCCAGUGGCUCGUGGGGGGGACGCUGCAGCCUCCCUCCAUGGGGACUUGUGGGGCUGGGCCCCCCCCGCCGGCGGGAUGUCCCCCCAUGGGGGGUCUGUCCCCUGUGGCCGUGGAUUUGUCACCCCCAGAUUGGGAAUGCUGGAAAUAAAGCGGGGGCCCCCCUGCGGGCAGCAGCGG